AUGGUAAGCCCAUCUGCGACUGGGGUGGAAGCAGAGAGGCCCUCUCCCUGUCCGCUCCCCGCCCUCUCCCUGUCCGCUCCCCGCCCUCUCCCUGCCUGCUCCCCGCCAUCUCCCUGUCCACUCCUCGUCCUCUCCCUGUCCGCUCCCCGCCCUCUCCCUGUCCGCUCCCCGCCCUCUCCCUGUCCGCUCCCCGCCCUCUCCCUGCCUGCUCCCCGCCAUCUCCCUGUCCACUCCUCGUCCUCUCCCUGCCUGCUCCCCGCCAUCUCCCUGUCCACUCCUCGUCCUCUCCCUGUCCGCUCCCCGCCCUCUCCCUGCCUGCUCCCCGCCAUCUCCCUGUCCACUCCUCGUCCUCUCCCUGUCCGCUCCCCGCCCGCUCCCUCACACACGCUGCAGUCCGCUCCCCGCCCGCUCUCUCACACACGCUGCAGUCCUCUCCCCGCCCGCUCCCUCACACACGCUGCAGUCCUCUCCCCGCCCGCUCCCUCACACACGCCGCAGUCCGCUGCCCGUCCGCUCCCUCACACACGCUGCAGUCCGCUCCCUGCCCGCUCCCUCACACACGCUGCAGUCCUCUCCCCGCCCGCUCCCUCACACACGCUGCAGUCCUCUCCCCGCCCGCUCCCUCACACACGCUGCAGUCCUCUCCCCGCCCGCUCCCUCACACACGCUGCAGUCCUCUCCCCGCCCGCUCCCUCACACACGCUGCAGUCCUCUCCCUGCCCGCUCCCUCACACACGCUGCAGUCCUCUCCCCGCCCGCUCCCUCACACACGCUGCAGUCUGCUCCCUCACACACGCUGCAGUCCUCUCCCCGCCCGCUCCCUCACACACGCUGCAGUCCUCUCCCCGCCCGCUCCCUCACACACGCUGCAGUCCGCUCCCCGCCCGCUCCCUCACACACGCUGCAGUCCUCUCCCCGCCCGCUCCCUCACACACGCUGCAGUCCUCUCCCCGCCCGCUCCCUCACACACGCUGCAGUCCUCUCCCCGCCCGCUCCCUCACACACGCAUAUUUCUGUCUUAUUUUUCUUUGCUUUUAAUACGUUUCGAUUCACUGUCAGCUACUUUAUUUUUUAAAGUUGUUUUUUGUGAGCAGGAGAGAGAGAGAGAGUGAGAGAGAGAGAGAGAGAGCGAGAGAGAGAUGUUGUCUUUUCAAAUCUGUGUCUGUUUUAAGAAACAAUAAAUAUCGCUCCUUUGAUUGUGUAAAAAAGUACAAGAGCCAAGUUUGGAAAUUAAAACGACAAAUUGUACACCUGCGUCUGUCUCUGCUUGUUUCUCUUUGAAAAUGGUCCUGUGACCAGUGACCCUGUCUUUUGCUUCACUGAGCAGUCCUAUCACCAGUGACCCUGUCUAUUGCUUCACUGAGUGGUUCUGUGAUCAGUGACCCUGUCUAUUGCUUCACUGAGCGGUCCUGUCACCAGUGACCCUGUCUAUUGCUUCACUGAGCGGUCCUGUGAUCAGUGACCCUGUCUAUUGCUUCACUGAGCGGUCCUGUGAUCAGUGACCCUGUCUAUUGCUUCACUGAGCGGUCCUCUGACCAGUGACCCUGUCUAUUGCUUCACUGAGCGGUCCUGUCACCAGUGACCCUGUCUAUUGCUUCACUGAGCGGUCCUGUGAUCAGUGACCCUGUCUAUUGCUUCACUGAGCAGUCCUGUGAUCAGUGACCCUGUCUAUUGCUUCACUGAGCAGUCCUGUGAUCAGUGACCCUGUCUAUUGCUUCACUGAGCAGUCCUGUGAUCAGUGACCCUGUCUAUUGCUUCACUGAGCAGUCCUGUGAUCAGUGACCCUGUCUAUUGCUUCACUGAGCGGUCCUGUGACCAGUGAUUUACACAUUGCCUGUACAGUUGAAGGAUCCAAUGUAAGAAUGUGUCGUGUUUGCAGCUGUGUGUAGGAAUCUCUUCUUGAUUGCUUCUGAGCUAUGUUGUAUUAUUAAAUGUUUGUGUUUUGGGUUUA